AUGUCCAAGUCGUUCCAGUUGAAAGUGCCCGCAUCAUCCGCCAACAUUGGCCCAGGCUUCGAUGUUUUGGGAAUCGGGUUGAACUUGUUCUUGGAGAUCAGCGUCAAUGUCGACCCAUCCAUAGACACUUCCAGCGACCCAUACAACGUCAAGCUCUCCUACGAGGGUGACCUUGCUGAAAACGUGCCCUUGAGCUCCGACAGAAACUUGGUGACCCAGACUGCGUUGUACGUGAUGAGAUGCAACGGCGUGGCCAGCUUCCCCAACGGGACCCACAUACACGUCAUAAACCCCAUUCCCUUGGGUCGAGGCUUGGGGUCCUCGGGAGCCGCUAUUGUCGGAGGAAUCAUGUUGGGUAACGAGAUCGGUGGAUUCAAGCUUUCCAAGGUCAGAAUGUUGGACUACUGCUUGUUGAUCGAGAGACACCCCGACAACAUAGCUGCUGCCAUGUUGGGGGGUUUCGUGGGAUCGUACUUGAACGAGCUCUCUUCCGAGGAAACCGAGGCCAAGAACUUGCCUUUGGAGUACGUGUUGCCCAAGGCCUCCACCCCCAAGGACAAGUACUUGUCCACACCUCCUCCUCAAAACAUUGGCCAGUACGUGCAGUACGGGUUCAGUACCAAGAUUAAGUGUGUGGCAGUGAUUCCUAACUUCGAGGUCAGCACUGAUGACUCCCGUGCGGUGUUGCCGGAGUCCUACAACAGACAGGACAUUGUGUACAACCUCCAGAGAAUCGCGGUAUUGACUACUGCUUUGACCCACGAGACCCCCAAUAACAGACUCAUUUACGAGGCCAUGAAGGACAAGAUCCACCAGCCCUACCGGUCCACCUUGAUUCCAGGCUUGGUCGAGGUGUUGUCCAGCAUCACCCCAGACACCCACCCUGGCUUGUGUGGCAUUUGCUUGUCGGGAGCAGGCCCCACUAUCUUGUGCUUGGCCACUGAAGGUUUUGAGGAAAUCGCAUCUAGUGUCAUGAAGCUCCUUGCUGGCGCAGGCGUGGAGUCUAGCUGGAAGUUGCUCACCUUGGCCUACGAUGGUGCUACCGUGGAGUAUCAAUAA